AUGGCUUCUGUACCUCAACUGAAAGAUGAGACAUUGCUCGUCGGCAAAAACUUCAUCAACGGUGAAUGGACGGACUCGGUUUCCGGGAAGACGUUCGAUGUGACUGAUCCCGCCACGGGAGACCUGAUCGGGUCGUGUCCUGAGUCCGUUGCCGCGGACGCCGAUCGCGCUAUAGAAUCAGCGGCUGCGGCGCUGCCAGGAUGGCGGUCAAAAUCCGGCCGGGAACGGUCGCGCAUCUUGCGCCGCUGGUACGAUCUCGUCAUCGAGAACAAGACGGACCUCGCCACGUUGAUCACUUGGGAAAACGGCAAGGCGCAGGCGGACGCUGCCGGCGAGGUCCUCUUUGCCGCCAGCUUCCUCGAGUGGUUUUCCGAGGAGGCGGCCCGCGUCCAAGGGGACGUGGUGCCGCAUAGCAACACCAACAUGAGGAUAACCGUCUUGAAAGAACCCGUGGGCGUCUGCGGCCUCAUCACACCCUGGAACUUCCCGGCCGCCAUGCUCGCCAGAAAAGUCGCGCCUGCUCUGGCGGCAGGCUGCACCGUGGUGGCCAAGACGGCCGGAGAGACGCCCUUCUCCGCCAACGCGCUGAUGCUGCUCGGCGAGAGGGCCGGCGUCCCCAGGGGCGUUGUCAACAUUGUCUGCGCGCUGCAAAACACCCCCGAGAUCGGCGCCGCCCUCUGCGGGUCGGACGUCGUGCGGAAGAUCUCCUUCACGGGCUCCACCCGCGUCGGCAAGCUCCUCAUGCAGCAGUCGAGCCAGACCCUGAAGAAGCUGAGCCUCGAGCUGGGCGGGAACGCCCCGUUCCUGGUGUUCGACGAUGCCGACCUGGACAUCGCCAUCUCCGGGGUGAUUGCGAGUAAAUUCAAGGUUUCCGGGCAGACUUGCGUGUGUGCCAACCGCAUAUACGUCCAAAAGGCCAUCUACGGCGCCUUUGUCUCCAAGUUGAAGGAGGCCGUUGGCCAAUUCAAGCUAGGUCAUGGGUUCGAUGGCCGUGUUACACAUGGACCUCUUGUCAUGCCAGGCGCUGUUCAGCGAGUCUCGGAGUUAGUAGAAGAUGCUGUUGUCAAUGGUGCCCGAGUGGAAGCAGGCGGAAAGGCGCGCCCGGAUCUUGGUCCCAACUUCUUCGAGCCCACCAUUAUCAGCAAUGUGAGCCCGACGGCGAGGAUUCUUCACGAGGAGAUUUUCGGCCCUGUGGCACCGAUCCUGUCCUUUGCUACGGAAGAGGAGGUGGUUGACGCGGCCAACCGGUGCGACGUCGGCCUCGCGUCGUACAUCUUCACAAACGACCUCGGACGCGCCGCGAGAGUUUCUGAGCUGCUGCAAUUCGGCAUGGUGGCAUUGAACACCGGUGUUAUUUCUGAUGCCGCUGCUCCAUUUGGAGGGAUCAAACACUCUGGGAUGGGUAGAGAAGGAAGCAAGUAUGGGAUUGACGACUAUUUGACCACAAAGACAUUGGUGACAGGCAACGUCCAAGUUGUUCACCGGUCGCACCUUUGA